UAUUGUUUUUCUAACUGAAUAAUAUUUGGUCACUUUUUUUUAACCUAAUAAUUAUCAAUAUACAUUAAAAAAGAAAAAUAUUAUGUCAUACUGUUCCUUGACUUCUGGACAAUAAUUUACUGAUAAACGAGCACCAAAUUAUCUCGUUAAAUAUUCUCUUAUCGUGUAAAAAAACGGUUAAGCUGAGAAUCAAAAGGUAGCAUAUAUUCACUGUGCGCUUGUAAUUCAUUGUGAAAACUGUUGUUGACCAAUUCACUCACGCUCAUACAUUUUACCACACUACUUUAUUAAUUUCAUUCAAAUAAUAUUCAUCAAUUUUCAUCAAUUUUCAUCAAUUAACGUAAAAAACAAAGAAAAUAAAAAGUGUAACAAAAAAUGGAUGCGGUGAAAAAAAAGGAAAUUACUGACUUCCCUAAAUCUAAAGCACAACAAAAUGGAACGGGACCCCAACCAGAAAAGAUGAGAUCUAAUACGAAAUUGUACAUUGCAUUGGGUUUAGGAGUUAUUCUAUUUAUUGGCGGAAUAACAGUUGGAGCAUUAUGGGGAACCAUAGUCGAUUACAUUUACAAAAAGGAAUUAACACUAACGACAGACUCAAAAUCUUUCGAGAUGUGGAACGAAAAUCCAAUACCACUGUUUUUAUCAUUUUACAUGUUUAAUUUAAGUAAUCCAAACGAUUUUUUUAAAGGUGAAAAACCUAAUUUUACUGAGACAGGACCUUAUGUGUUCAGUGAGAAAUUUUACAAAACCGAUAAAGUUUGGAACGACAAUGGCACUGUGACUUUUCACAGACGUCGAUAUUGGACAUUCGUGCCUGAAUUGUCGAAAAAAGGAGUUUCACUAUCUGAUAAAAUAACGAAUUUAAAUCCAAUCGUUGUGACGCUUGGUAAUAUUGUCAGAUUCCAAAGACCUUUAUUAAGGAAAUUUGCCAAUCUUCUCAUGAAAGCCGUCAAGGAAAAUGUUAUAGUGACGAAAAGUGUUUCGGAACUAAUUUACGAUGGUUAUGAGGACAAGUUAUUGGAGAUUGCUCGAAAACUUAACAUAACAACACUUCCAUACGAUAAAUUUGGCUGGUUUUACGCACGUAACGGUUCUGAUACAUACGAAGGAACGUACAGCAUUAAAACAGGAAAGGAUUCAAUUUCCGAAAUAGGCGAACUUGUCGAGUGGAAUUACACCAAUAAGACAAUUUACGAUAAUGGAAAAUGUAGUCAAAUAAAAGGCACAGUUGGAGAUCUUUGGCACCCAUUUACGACUAAUUCUUCUUCAAGACUGUCUGUUUUUUCAUCCGAUAUUUGCACGUCUAUUGAUUUGGUUUACAAUAGUACGACAGAAUUUCUAGGAAUAACUGGAUCGAAAUUUGUCUCACAUGAGAAUAUUUUAGAUAAUGGAACAAAAGAUCCAUCUCGUAAAUGCUACUGUGAUAAUGUUGAAUGUCAACCUAGCGGAGCUCUCAAUGUUUCUUUGUGUAAAUUUGGAGCUCCUGCUUUUAUUAGUUUACCGCAUUUUUACUUAGCUGAUCCUAGCUAUAGGGAGCGAAUCGAGGGAAUGAAACCUGAUAAAGCAUUACAUGAAACGUUUGUUGUACUGGACCCGGUGAUGGGUGUACCAAUGCAGGUCAAAGCUCAAUUACAAUUAAAUUUAUUAGUUCGACAUGACGAUGAAAUAGAAAUGUUCAAAAAUAUAAGUGACACAUUCGUGCCAAUGCUGUGGUUUAGUCAAACAGCCGAACUAACAACUCAAUAUGCAACUCUAGUUAAAAUUACCCAUAUUCUACCAUUAUUGGGACACGCGACAUUCUACGGAGUCGGAGCAAUUGGUGCUUUACUCGUGUUUAUCGCCGUAUUCGUAAGUCUCAGAGCAAAAUGGCGAGAGGAGGAAAAUCAGAAUUUGUUACCAAAUGACAGAGAUAACAAUAGCGUAAUAACAAGUGAUGGAUGACUGAACAUUUCUCAUAAAUAAUAUCUAGAAAUAUGAAUUUCUCUUAACGUAUUCGUGAUAAUAAGCAUCAUUUAACUGCUUCUCAAACGAAGAAGGAAAAAGAAAAAAAAAUAUCUUCGAAGACGUGUGAAAUUCAAAAGACAUCAUUACUGAUGCAACUUUUUUUUGUUGCUUUAAAUUAUAAUAACAAAAAAAGAAAAAUAUUUUCACAUCGCAGAGAGUGAAAAAGAAUGAUUACUUGCCAUUGAUAUUAACAAGGUCUUUUGCGAUUAUUCAUAUUCAUUGCAUUUUUACGUUCAUGUGAUAUCUAAAAAAUUGUUUUUCCAAAUAAGGAUCAUUUUUUAAUAUUUGCUUUUUUAAUUACUUAAUGUCUUAAUAAUUAAUAUUUAAUAUUUACAAAUAUUUUAAAGAA